AUGCAAGCGAAUAUCUGCCACGUGGUCCUCUUCUGCCUCGACUCGGCGAAGGUGGCGACGCUGCUGCCGGAGGCCGUGCUCCAGCGCCACCUCGGCGGGCUCCGCGGGAGUGUCCCCGGCCUACUGGAGCUGAACUUCGGGCCGGUCGGCACCGACCUCUACCCCGGCUACGUCGACUGCAGCAACGGCUACACACACUGCCUGGUGUCGAAGCACGUGGACGCCGCCCACCUGAAGGUGUACGCCGAGCACCCGGAUCACGUUGUCUUCGCCAAUCUGCUCAAGUCCUCCUCGGUGAAGCCGCCAAUUCGCUGCGACUUUGGGCUGGCUGCCCAGAAGCAGUAG